UGUCUCACCUGAUCGAGCUUCACUGGCUGCGCAUGUUUGAACGGGACCAUUCUGAGGAAUUUCGGAUGUUGUGGUCAAAGCGGGUGGAGCUCGGGGUGCAACGCCACAAAAGGCUCGCGAGAAGUUGCACAAUAACACUUUUGUCAAAGCAACCGUUGCCGAUGGCCGGUUUUGGACGACCGACGCGCGCCAAUCACUGUUCCCCGUGGCGGUCGGUACACGGUUGCCUCCUCGCGCCAUCAAACGCCACCCCGCUCGUUUGAUCCCGGAAUAGGCAACAGCGUCGGACGAUCGACGAUUGAUGGUUACUGGCUUCGCCCUGCUUCGUCCCGAUCGAGAGUCCCCGCCUCUCUCGGUUAGGAUCGGCACCUGCGCUCCCGUGACAGUCCUUUCUCUCACUCUCUCACGCUCUCCGUGCCUGCCAGUGCUCGGUCGUCAGGUUACGGCAACUUCACGCUUAAAAAUCGGACACGUCACCACUCGGUAUGAUCUUUAUUCGUGUGAAAUGCAGCAGUAGUGACGUAGACGCAGGACGCAACAUGCCCAAGGCGAAAGCGACGAAGCGAAAGCAUUCGUCCAGCCCAGAGAAGCCCGCUUACACCCCUGCGGAGACUAACCAAUCGAAAAAGCUGAAACUAUUAGCGGCACAUGCAGUAGAGUCGCCCUUUCCAGACUACGCCAGACCAACGCCCGAAGAGGCGCAAGAAGUCUACGACGUCUUGGCGAGGGAGCACCCUGACAUUGCUUCCACGUCACGCAACCCAUCCUCCGAGAACGACGCUGCAGCGACCUGCGGAAAGGUUCCCAACGUGCUCGAGUCCCUCGUCGGCACGAUCCUCUCGCAGAACACCUCGGCCAAGAACUACACCGCAGCCAAGCGCAACCUGGACGUAAAGUUUGGGAGGAAUAACUUCGAGGCGAUCGUCAACGCACCAAAGUCGGAACUCGUCGACGCGCUGCGCACAGGAGGCCUGGCCAACAAGAAAGCCGAGGUCAUCCAGCGGAUCCUGCACGAGGUGAAGGAGCGCCAUGGCUCCUAUUCGCUCCAGCACCUAGCUGGGGUCGUCGAGAGCCAGGAGCCGGGCGAGGAGGCGAAGGUCUUCUCCGAUGAGGACGCCAUGAAAGAGCUCGUGUCGUACAACGGCGUCGGCCCAAAGACAGCUUCCUGUGUCCUGCUCUUCUGCCUUGGGAGAGCGUCCUUCGCUGUCGACACUCACGUCUUCCGGCUCUCGCGGCUUCUGGGCUGGGUGCCUGCGAGGGCAAACCGUGUCACCGCGCAGGCGCAUCUCGAUCUGCGCGUACCGAACGACCUAAAGUACGGGCUGCAUGUACUGAUGGUCGGACAUGGUCGACAGUGUAACGGCUGUAGAGGCCGGGGCGAAUGUCCGCUCAAGACGUGGAUGAAGUCGCGGAAGGAUGUGAAGGAUGAGGAUCUCGAGACUAUCUCUGCGAAAGCCAAAGAAGACGCAGAAGAAACUGAAGUGAACGGAAUCAAGUUGGAGUCUGUCUGAGGAUGGACUGGGGUAGUUAUCAGGUGAGCAGCGAGCGAGCCUCCCCUGUACACUGAGGAAAUGCUUAUAAGGACAUGGCAGCGCACUUCUCGUACUCCUUUGUAGCCUGCAGCUUUAUAAUCCUUUAUCUUUGGUCUGGACCGCCCUUUGUUUCAGUGGCGUGACAUCGUUGAUGUGUGACCCAUCAGUGACUAUAGGCCGGUUAUCAAUGAGACUUGCCUUUUAGAGCUAAAAGUCG